AUGCAAACUGUCAUUAACCAAGAGAGGGCCAGGCAGAUGGAGCUUACAGGGAAGCCAUCAAUACGAGACGAGAGCGGCAAUGGGGAAGAGGACUCAUUGUUUCUGGAGAGUGGCCAGCUUCUAUGUGAAAAUAACCCGCACAGACCCCCUGCUCGAUUUACUCUGGCCUCAGCUCACUUUACCAGCUCUGCCACAUUACCCAAGCAGCACUUUGUUCAUUCACGUCUUCUGCGCUCCUCUCAUGCGGCACUAUUCCCUGUGCAGUCUCCUCCUCACCGCUCGUUUGUUUUGACUCUUGUCCGCAGCGGACUGAACCUGUUUGUGGUAUGUGGAGAGUUUAGGGGCAUUAGGGAGAAAGGAAACCCCUCAUACCCAGAAAACCCCUUCAGGGCUUCCCUGGCUGUGUCCAAACCAGGCAUCACUGCUGCUGUUUGUGCCUCUCGCUUUCAAGGCCAGCCAAGAGCCUCUCCGCUCCUCCUCACUCUCAGCACAGAGCCCUAG